GUUUUUUCAUCCUUGUUUUUCGAUUUCCAACCUUUCCUUCCUCCGUUGACAAUAUCCCUUUUGCACUUGUUUUGACGUUGACCGUUGACACUUUCCCCACUGAACGACAGCCCGAAACGAGACCAUCGCCCCCGAGGUGUUGUUUGCUCUGAACUGCCUACUGGAAUGAGUGGCGUUGCAAUAGCAGUGGCUGAGCCGAGCCCGCCAAUGUCGUCGUCGUCUGCGUCGUCACUGCCGCCCGUUGGACCAUCAGGAACGCACCACGGCCAUGGCCACACACAGUCGCCCUUCGGAGGACCAGCCGCCGCAGCUGCAUUGGCUCAGCAACAACAGCAGCAGCAGCAGCUGCAACAGCCAGUGACCGCAACAGCGAUGACAGCCGAGCCGAGCGCGAGUCCGCCAUCGCCACCAACGCCAGCGCUCACGGGCAGCAUGUCAGGCCCGAUCGGACCCAGCGGCGGAGGGGCGCUGCGGAGUCCGACAACGACAACGACGACGACGACGACGACGACCGGAACGAGCGGUAUUCCGACUGCGAAUCCUAUGGAUCACUCAAUCGCGGGCAGCCUCACUCUGACCAUCCCGCCAGCAUCGGCAUCGGGACUGUCUUCAUCAUCAUCAGCAGCAUUGAGCCAUGGCGCAGCGCAGCCAAAGCCAGCAUCGCCGAUGCGGCUGUUUGCGACCUGGGAAGUGGAGAGCGCUGCGUACCACAGCGUGCCGCGGCUGUGCACCGUCUCCAUUGCGUCCAUCCGCUUGCACAGAGGCAUCGAGUGGCCCGCAGACAACAGCCUCGUCAUUGCGCUGGCGAUGGAGGACUCGCGACGGGUGCUCCGCUCGCACGAAUUCCCAAUCAACCUCAAUCUGCUGCUGCAGCAGCCAACGACGACGACGACGACGACAACAAGUGCGAGUACUGCCAGUGGCACUGCGACAAGUGCUGCUGCUGCUGCUGCUACCGCUGUGAAUAAGGCCGCAGGAGUGCCAGCUGCUAGUCCGCCCCAAGCGCCGACAUCGACGGGUGCCGUGUCUGGAAGCAACGCCAAUUCGAAUGGCCAGGCCAAUGCGAAUGCAAACACCGUGCUUCCUGUUCUGGACGAAGGUGGACAUGGAGCGUCCACGCAUCCGCAAGCCCAACCACAGGCACAAGCUCAAGGUCAGCAAGGUGGAUUUGCACAGUCACAAACGUUGCAGCAGACGCAGCAGACGCAGCCAACUCCUCAAGCUCAAUCGCUCCCUGCUGGGUCUGCCACUUGGUCGGUCCCGCUCUCUGCUCAACCGCGACAUUCGAGCGGCAAUGCAUUAGCAGCAACAGUCGCACCUGCGGGUGCUGCUGCCGCCCUUGCAGCGACAUCACAGCCCAUGAUCGACAGCGGCACCAUCUUGCCAAUUCCUUUUACCGCCUAUCCUCGUAUUGUUGGGCAGUACUGGGAGCUUCCUGUCGACAUUGAGUUUACGCUGCAGUACACUCACCAACUCAAAAGCCAUCUCAACAACCUAUGCAUUACUCUGCAGUCGCGCCGCAAGUACAAGAACACCAACAUUCGCAGCUUUAAAACGUUGGCAGCAGGGUUUGUCUCAAUGUCCCAGGUGGUGCAGCUGCCUGUCAACGAGUUCCUUGACUUGCAUCCACCCAAGGUUCCACAUGCCUAUUCGGCCAGCACGCCGGCCGCGCGCAUGAUGGUUCGCCUCCGAAGCGUUCCUCGCGCGAGCUCCACCGUUGAGGCCCAAGCAGCAGCCGCAGAAGACUCCGACGGAGCCGGCUCAGUCCCGGAAGCGCGCAAGUUUCGCAACGCGAAGGCCCGGACGACGAGCUUUGGCGAGAAAAUUUCGGCCGUCAUGUCUGCAGCUCGCCGCCACAACAAGCACUUGUCGUCGUCCAUUCCCACCACCCCCAAGGAGCAACCAGACGAUACCAGCACCACCUCAGAAGGCAGCGACACCUCGGAUUCUGACGAUAUGUCGGAUGUCGAGCAAGCGGUUGUUCACGGCACCCACGUUCCGAUCGCUGAAUCUCUGGCUGUCGACUCUCUCAACGUCGGCGCUGAUACGCAUGACAAGCGGGGAAGCAUGGGGAAGCGAGCAAAAAAAGGCCACACUCGUGGCAGCAAUCGUGUCAAGUUCCUCGACACGGCACUCGCCAAGCGCUUCUCGUCCUUGCUCAAGCCACACAGUGGGCGCUCGAAUGAACCGGUGGCUCGCCAACUGAGCGAUGAAGCGUUGGCCUAUGAGGCGACAGAGCUCGCCCACGGCGCUCAGGCCGGUGGCGGCAAAGAUUCUGCCGGCCGGAAGCUGACCAACCCCUUCAAUAGGAUGAUGAACUCUUCUCUUCAUCGCAAGCGCAAGGAGCAAAAGCUAUCUGAACAGCAACAAAAGCUGCAGCAGGCUGCUGAGGCACAGGGCCACGCUUCAGGGCAAGGAUCACAGACCCAGUCCACCCAGCAACUGCCGCAAUCUCUACAGCAGCAACAAGAGCCAUUGUUGCUUCAGCAACAGCAACUACUUCUGUUACAACAACAACAACAGCAACAGCAACAACAACAACAACACCACAAGUCUUACCAGCAAGACCAGUUUGGCCGCUCGGUCGACUAUAUGCACCCCGGAGCAACGCUCGCGUCGACCACUGCCAUUCUCUCGGACGGCGCCGAGACGGAUGACGAAUUUGCCAUCAUGUCUGACGAGGAUAUAGCCAUGAUUGACGAACUUGCCGUGGAUUCCAGCACGUACAGCACGAGUGAGAGCAGCAGUUCUGACUUUGACGACGACGGCAUGCACGAUGACGUCUACGACGAUGCUCCGCCUGUGCUACAUGGAGCGCGACGUGGAAUGCCCAAACCCACCCUGCAGGAGUCACUUGAUGCUCAGCGUCCGACACUUGUUCCGUUCUACUUGGGCCGUCGCAUGAGCGCCACCGAGCGGCUCGCCUUCCUCGAAGCGCCAGAGCACGUAGUUUCCCAAACCGUGCAGCAGCAGCAGGCACCACACCAACGCACACACCGUCGACGAAAGCAACGGGAAGAGCGCAUCCUGCCGCAUAACUUGCAGGUGCAUCCGCUCGACUCUGGAUCGGAUGACGGGUCGACGCAGACGGAUGAGGAGGGAGACGCCACGCGGCUCGGUGCGGCAGGAAGCAUGCAGUCAAUUUCAUCGGCGUGGGCCACGGAUGCGAUUGCCGUGACAACAGAGCUCGGGACGCGGAUUAACUUUGCUGGCCCAGCUGAUUCGUUGCCAUCAUCGGUUGUUGCCCAUGAGGUGCAACAGCAGCAGCAGCCACCACAACAAGCGCAUCAGCAGCAACCAUCGCAGCCUGCUCAGCCCCAGCAACAACAGCAACCCCAGCAUCAACCAUCGUCCGAGCAGCAGCAGCAGCAGCAGCAGCAAAUUCAACCAGCAUCCAUUCCGGGUGACCAAGGCUCUGCUCAACCGCUUGUCCCUAUCGCGGGUACCAAUUCUGCCGCACCCUCGCAUGGCGCUUUGUCCAUUGUCGUUCCGAACGCUCCAAUCAGCUCUGGUCUGCAAGUCAAGCUGCCUUUGCUCACUGCCCAGCUGGCUGAGCUAUUCGCCGUCCCUGGCUUGUUGCCACCUUUCCUUGUCGUGGUUUUUGCCACAUCCAGUCGUGCGCGACGCAUUGCCGCUCAGCUAAAGCCGUCGUUGCUUGGCGGGGGCGUCGAUCCGGAAGGCACAUCUGAGAAUGCAUCCAUCGCUCGGCAUCUCGUGGUCGUGACUGGGUUGCAUGACUUUUCCACGCUGGUGGCAACCUUAAUCCUGAAUAUCAAGCACUUAUCGGACUCUAAGAGCGAUAUUGGGUUGAUCAAGAUGGGCAUCGUUGGUAACGAUGCAAAUAUUCACGACGCGCUUCGAGUUUACGUGGAGCACAUGACAAACAAGCCCGCGGAUUGGGUUGGCGCUUGGCGAUUCUACCCUAUUCCAACUGGCUCCGCGGAGCGAGACAGAGUGGCGCUUCAUAUCGCCUCAGGAGACGCGACGUACAAGUCACUAUUCUUUGACGAGGCUUGGUGCGGCCUUGCCGAGCGAAAUGUUGCACUACCCGAAGCCGCCCAACGAGUUUAUCGUUACCUCUCGUGUUCACACGUGCUGCCUCUGGACAUUUGUGAAGCGCUCGUGACUUGUGAUGCACCUGUUGGGACUGCCGCCAAAGCCGCUGGAGGAAACGACGCGCGCCAGAAAUCCAUCCCGUUCCUGAGUGAGGUACGGGUCGGCCCGCUGGACGAGUCAUCGACUGUUUCAGCUCGUCGAGGGGAAUACGACGAGACCACUUCAUCCUGGUAUGUGGACGUUCCUGCAGGGCCUCCACUCUCACCCACUGGCGGAAUUCCCUUGGUCGACACGAGCGAAGGAGCGUCUCUCAGCAUUGACUACUGGGCCAAAGACAAGAAGCACAAGGAUAAGGACAAAGACCACAACAAGCUUUCUCUCAAGGCCCACUUUAAAGUGCUCAUUGUUUCGCGAUACAGCCGAGGAGACGGCCUAAACCAUGCAUCUCCGGGCUCUUCCGUUCCCAGCUCUCCAUCAACGCACUUUGCCCACUCGUUCAACAAGGAAAUAACUGGUACCCUUGCCCCAGGAGCGGCUUCGGCAGGAGCAGGGAGCGACAAGACGCCGCCCUCGCUCGCAGUGCCCGCUCCGAACGCUGUUGGUGGCUCCUCCUGCUCAAUGCUCGCCCCCAGCGUCUUUUUGAUGCACGCUGUGACGCGCGACAAGAAACUCAUCCAGAAGAUCCGCCAGCUGGGUCGCCGCCCGUCCAACUACGAGAACAAGAAUGCAAAGUACACUGUCGUCGAGACGCUGAUCGAGCGGUUGAUUUGCCUCUACACGGACAAGGACAAGGAUGAGGAAAAGCGCAGCAAGGACAAGGACAAGGACACCAAGGACGGCAAGGAAAGCAAAGACAAGGACAAGGACGACGACAAGGAGCGCAAAAAGGACGCCAAUGCCAACAAGGAGUUGAAAGACAAGGACAAGCACAGUGAUGACAUUGGAGUCAUCCACAUUGACGGGACCAAGUUUUCGAACGUGCGAUUCUUUUCAGUGAGCCCGUCUUGGCCCUCUUCCAUCAAGACCUUCCCUGUUGUCUGCAUUGCAACCAAGUCUCUCGCCCCACCCAGCUCUCCGUCCAUGCCAACCGUCAGUGCGCCAGUUCCAAUCUCUGGCGCUGCCGCCUUCAUCCCGUCCUCUCCUCCCCACGGGCUGAUUUCAUUGUUGGGAACGUCUCCGCCCCUUUCAGAGCCAACCUUCAUGCAGGCCUCCCCGCUGUCCUUCACGCUGCCACAACAACCCCACACUGGAGCAGCACAGCCGCAUUCCGCAACACAGCCACACCAACCUGCAGUGUCGCAGCCACCAGUGCACCACACCCGCUUUCCGUCUGACAUGUCAGACGACUUUGAAACUCGGCCAGCCUUUGUUCCUUCUGCCGCCCCACAACGGUUUCCAAGUCUUACGGCCAUGCCGCAGUUGCCACCCAUGCUCGGUGGAACGCCAUCGCUUGGCUCGACCGCCACGAACGACAAUGAAUAUCCCCGCCUCCGGCGCCAUUCGUUCUCGCGCGAUAGCUCGAGCGGCGGUGAAGACGCCCUAGCAUGAUCAGAGCUUUGUUCGUUUGUUUGUUUUAUCUCAG